GUGCUUCCGGGGCAGAGCUGGUCAUCGUCUGUCCGGGAGAUCUGUGGAUUCACCGUUAGGGAAACCGAGCAGCGAUCUGUUUACCGUCUCAUCGGAGCCUGGGCUGAGGAAACAUGUUCGCCUUCAAUAUGUUUGACCAGGCAAUUCCGCAAGCAUUUCGGAACCGGUUCUCCACACAGUACCGCUGCUAUUCUGUCUCAAUGUUUGCAGGCAGUGAUCGAUCGGAUGUAGAGAAGGGCGGGAAAAUAAUAAUGCCACCAUCUGCUCUGGAUCAACUGAGUCGUCUGAACAUCACCUAUCCAAUGCUCUUUAAACUGAUCAACAGAAAAACUGACCGAAUGACACAUUGCGGUGUUUUGGAGUUUGUGGCCGAGGAAGGAAUCUGUUAUCUGCCUCACUGGAUGAUGCAGAACCUGCUACUAGAGGAAGGGGGGCUUGUCCAGGUGGAGAGUGUGAACCUGAUGGUUGCUACUUAUUCCAAAUUUCAGCCACAGGCUCCAGACUUCCUGGAUAUCACCAAUCCCAAAGCUGUAUUAGAAAAUGCCUUGAGGAACUUUGCUUGUUUGACCACUGGUGAUGUCAUUGCCAUUAACUACAAUGAGAAGAUCUAUGAACUCCGGGUUAUGGAGACUAAACCGGACAAAGCUGUUUCCAUCAUUGAAUGUGAUAUGAAUGUAGAUUUUGAUGCCCCAUUGGGUUACAAAGAGCCUGAAAGACAUUACCAGCCUGAAGACAGCUCGGAUCUUGAAGCUGAUCACACUGCCUUUGUGCCAAUUGAUUUGGGAUUCCGGGCAUUUACUGGCGCUGGCAACCGACUAGAUGGAAAAAAGAAAGGAGUUGAUCCCAAUCCAGCACUAAUCAACCCAGAAGAUAUUAAAAGAGGAAUUCCAAACUAUGAGUUCAAAAUAGGGAAAAUUACAUUCAUCAGGAAUUCACGGCCUCACCCAAAACAAAUAGAAGAGGAUUCGGGAGCCAACAGGUUUAUCGCAUUCUCUGGAGAAGGCCAGUCUUUACGCAAGAAAGGAAGGAAGCCGUAGGACUGUGGUGGAAGAAGAACCUUUUCCAUUUGGGGAAUGGGGCGGGGGGGGGGGGGGGGAGGGGGGAGGGGGUAUGGUAAAGAAAAACACAGGAGCUGAAAUGGACUGGUCACUUUUCAACAAAACCAUUUGUGGUUCUCAAGUGGAAUCUUUUGCACUAUCUCUUGCAGACUGGCUUUCACGCUUGUGUGUCUAGUUUUAAUGGACAAUUGAUUUUGACUGAAGUGAGUGGUUCAAGAAUGCAAUGCUAAGCUGAAAAUCAUUUAGGUGCGUUUACAAAUGUGACUUUUGAUCUGUAUAUAUAUAUAAUCUUCCUUUAGUAAAACAGUUUUCCGACAC